AUGAGCAAGCCCAAGACCAAGUGGACGAAAGACGAGCUUGCGCAACUCAAGCUUGUGAACCCCAAGCUCACGACGUGGAAGGAGGUCCAGCUCGCCUUUCUUCGCCACAGCGCUGAAGACUGCCGACAGAAGUGGCAUUCCGAGUUCACCUCCAACAAAAAGGGACCAUGGACACUCGAAGAAGACGAGAAACUUCGCCACGCCAUGACUCUCACGACCAAGUGGACCACGGUCGCCCGCAUUGUCGAGACGCGCUCGUACGCUAUUCCGCCCGUCGACAACAGAACGACUCACCUCUCUCUUUAGGUAUCGCCAGUGCCAGACCCGCUG